AUUUAGCUACGGCCACUGAACGGUCUCUACUCUUUGCAAAAACCUAUACUCUUAAAAUUUUGGUCUCAAAAGGGGUUAAACCUAUACUCUUCGCAAAAACAAGGUACCCUCUAUCCUUUGUUUAUUUAGCUACGGCCAUUAGUAGAGCCGCACACACUCGGAAAUGGCACUGAGUAGGGAAGUCGACGAUGGAAACGACGCCGUUUCAUCUGAUCCACUUACGGAAGAAACAACCACCACCAAGAGGAAGCGUUUGAACUCCUCUGCCGGAACCCUAACUUUCGAAGAUUCCGUUCACGCGACGCAACUCCCAACUCUUCCAUUCGAGAUUAUGAUAGAAAUUCUCUCUAGGCUUCCAGUGAAGUUCCUCAUGCAACUCCGAUCCGUCUGUAAGUCCUGGAAAUCUCUCAUCUCCGAUCCCAAAUUCGCCAAGAAACACCUCCGCGUGUCAAUAACGCGCCACCAUCUCCUCUUAACCUUCCCCAGCCGCUCUAGCGAGAUCUUCGUUACGGCUUAUCUUCUCUCCUCCGUCUUCACCGAAGUGACCGCCACCACCACGCAGCUAGAGUAUCCUCUGAACAAUGGAAACCGUAUUGCUCAAAUUGUUGACUCUUGCCACGGCAUCCUCUGUUUCUCAAUCGAUCAACGUUUAGUUCUAUUGUGGAACCCUUCUAUCAGAAAAUUUAUGAAUUUGCCAGAUAAUCCAAAACAAAGGGAUAGUUACACAAUAUAUGGAUUUGGCUAUACUCAUUUAAGUGACAGUUACAAGGUGGUUGCUGUUUCGAACUACUGUGAAUCUGAUGACACUUACAAAACUGAAGUGAAGGUUCUUACUUUGGGUACCAGUGCUUGGAGAAGGAUUCAGGAUUUUCGUUCAGGUGUCCAUUUCUAUGACUCAGGAAAAUUCGUAAGUGGAACUGUUAAUUGGUUGACAGGUAGGAUUUCGUCCUCUUCACGGGUCAUUGUUUCUCUUGAUUUGGAGAAGGAAUCUUAUCAAGAGUUUUUGCAGCCUGAUUAUGGAGGGGUGAUGACCGUGGUUACUAUAUCAUUAGGGGUCUUGAGGGAUUGUUUGUGCAUACUUUCUUUUAGUGAUACUUUCUCAGAUGUUUGGCUCAUGCAGGAGUAUGGAAAUAAAGAUUCCUGGACUAAAUUAAUCCGUGUUCCUAACAUGGGAGAUGUUGGGUCUCGUCCUUACGCCAAGACACUUUAUGUUUCCGAGGAUGAUAAGGUACUGCUGAAGUAUAAGUACAGCUUGGUUGUAUACAAUGCUAGAGAUGAUACUUUUAAAACUCUUGAAGUUCAAGACAACAAUGAUUGGAUGAUUCCUGCAAUCUACCAAGAGAGUUUGAUAUCACCUUGUAUGUAGUAAUGUAGAUGCUAUGUUAUGCCACUUGUGUAUGACGUUUAAGAAGAAUCCAUCUACUGGAUUUUUCAACUCCCUGACUGCAACUUGUAUGUUAAUUUCUGUUUGUGUUAUAUAUCUUAUGUUUUCUAGUCACUUCAUGGAUUAUUGUUCAUUAUUAGUUGAAGAAUUAUGUUGCUUGCUUGAGGAACUGCGUGUUAUGAUUAGUAUGUUAAUGUUUGAUAGUUAAGAGUUUUUUGUUGAUACUUCAAUUGUGCAUUUCAUUAGAGUUUUAUUCGUCUAUAGUUAGAGUUUCUUUGUGUCCACUUCUUGAACUUGAAAUUAGCAAUAGUUGGUUUUUUUGACUUGAAUUUGUUGAGGUUAAACUUAAACAUAUAUAGAUUUUGUUUUUCUUGUUGCAUUUGUUAUAGGUUUUAUCUCAACAUAUAAGUGCACCUGUAUGCAAUAUGUUGAUUGGAUGGGGCUCCUGUCCCCAUAAAUGUUAUUGCUAAAGUGUCAAAGUGUAAAUAAUCUGUAACCUGUUGCCUCAUUUUAUCAGAAUAUUGGUUGUUCAAAUACA